ACUUCUGAACAUUCACACACCUCCACGGACUAAAUUGUACAGGAGACCCACAAAACAGCCAUUAUAGAGCCUAUAUCCUGCUACACGUGAGCAGGCUGUGCAUGCAUCAGACAGAUCAUUAGUUCACUUUCAGUCCACACAGCCCGUACCGAGAAACACUGGAACGCACUUUUCUUUCUUUUUUUGGAGAAUUUAUUGCAAGGGCUUCUGCUGCAAAAAAACAGCAACUUUGGGCUGACCGUGUUGGAUUAGACGCAUGUCACUGGUUCCCUGCCUUUUGUAGGAUAAGGCAAGGAACGGCGCACGUCCGAGAGAGAGGAUAUAACAGGAUCAAGGGAGUAAAAAAGAGCAGAGAAAUAAAAGAAAAAGUUGCGCUGCCUGGUGUCCGCGCAUCGUCAUGCCGAGGUACAACUUCUUGCUGUGCUUGAUGGUGCUCAUCUCCUUGGGACAGUCGGGGAGCGACGAGCCCAAUCUGCUGCUGCCUCCUGCCAGCGAGACGCCCACGGAUGCCGGGCUGCCGCUGCUGGACGAGGACGCCGGUGCCCACGAGUGCUCCGCAUGCGUGUGGAGGGAGCAGAGCAAAGUGCUGAGGCUGGAGACCAUCAAGUCCCAGAUCCUGAGCAAGCUGCGUCUGAAGCAUGCGCCCAAUAUCAGCCGGGAGGUGGUCAACCAGCUGCUGCCCAAGGCGCCUCCGCUCCAGCAGCUCCUGGACCACCACGACUUCCAGGGGGACGCGUCGUCCCAGGAUGAGUUUAUGGAGGAGGAUGAGUACCACGCCACCACGGAGUCCGUGAUCACCAUGGCCUCUGAGCCCGAGCCACUGGUGCAGGUGAACGGGAAGCCGAGCUGCUGCUUCUUCAAGUUCAGCCCCAAGCUGAUGUUCACCAAGGUGCUGAAGGCCCAGCUGUGGGUGUACCUGCGGCCGCUGCAGCAGACCUCCACCGUCUACCUGCAGAUCCUCCGGCUGAAGCCCGUCACGGAGCAGGGCAGCCGCCACAUCCGCAUCCGCUCCCUGAAGAUAGAGCUCAACUCCAGAGUGGGCCACUGGCAGAGCAUUGACUUUAAGCACGUGUUGCAGAACUGGUUCAAACAGCCGCACACCAACUGGGGAAUCGACAUCAACGCCUUCGACGAGAGCGGCAAUGAUCUGGCAGUUACCUCGCUGAGACCCGGGGAGGAGGGGCUGCAGCCGUUCCUGGAAGUAAAGGUUCUCGAGACGACCAAGCGUUCUCGCAGAAACCUUGGCCUGGACUGUGACGAGCACUCCACCGAGUCUCGCUGCUGUCGCUACCCGCUGACCGUGGAUUUCGAGGCGUUCGGCUGGGACUGGAUCAUUGCCCCCAAACGCUACAAAGCCAACUACUGCUCCGGCCAAUGCGAGUACAUGUUCAUGCAGAAAUACCCACACACCCACCUGGUGCAGCACGCUAACCCCCGCGGCUCGGCAGGGCCCUGCUGUACCCCAACCAAGAUGUCCCCCAUUAACAUGCUCUACUUCAAUGACAAGCAGCAGAUUAUCCAUGGCAAGAUCCCAGGGAUGGUGGUGGAUAGGUGUGGCUGCUCUUAGGCUGCGGGGCGAACGCACACUUGUGUACAGCCACCAUUGCAUCGAACCACCCAAAACCCUUACGGAGCUCUCCCCCGGCACCAGAACCCACCCCUCGGCACCAGAUUUCACAAAAACAUCCUACUGGGUCUCCAUCUUUCUAGUAAUUAUAUUGAUUCUAAAUGUAAAAAAAAAAAGAAAAAAAAGUUAUAAAUGACAUGUGAAUUAAAAAAGGGACUGAGUGAUGGAAAUACAGAACAUGAUGAAUAAUUUAAAGAGGUUGAACUUGAGGAGCAGCUUCAGAAAAAUGGUAAAUGAGACAAAACUAUGUUAUAGAGUACGUGUUAGUUUUGUUGGGGUGGGGGGUUAAAGAGUUUGUUUGUUUGUUUGUUAUGUUUGUUUGUUUGUGUUUUUUUUUUCAUGGCAUCUUUGUGAAAUGUCCAGGUUAGUGAGUUGAAAUGACACAGGAGACUUGAGCAUUUACAAUAUUAUUUUUAAAGCAGUUUCAGUCCUGAGGUGAUGUUUUACGUUUACGUACAGGUGAGAUUUGAUCGACAAAAACGUUGGCAAGGGCAUGAUCAGAAUUCUUUUCACAAUCCAUCACUUUACCAUUAGAAAUACUCUUCGUGCAAAAUCCAAUAUUUUGUUUAGAGAUGUUUAGAGAUGUGCUCCAGGGAUGUGAAGCGUUGAGGAGAUCCAAAACCAAACCUAUGCCCUCUAUCAUUCUCGUCCAUCUACAAAACCUUUUCCCACUUACAUUUGUCUUUUUGUUUUCAAGUGGAUAGAUGAAGUCGGUGUAGCCCUUUCUGCCGCUCUACAUUCAGAUUUUGAGGUUGGACUUGCACACUAAAGUUUGACACAUAACUAUAAUGUAGAUGCACUCUGAAGUUGUUCUGGGAGAUGAGGAAGAAAAAGGAGGAGGAGAAGGAGGGCGAGUCCAGCAGGAUGACGAGAACCUGACAGUUUUUCUUUCUUUCUUCCGUGUAAACAAGGAAAAUUUACUUCAACUCCUUCAUUUUUUUACAUUAGAUGUUUAAAACAGUAGUAAAUGCACUGUCUUGUAACUUGAAGAGGCCUGGGACCGAGCAUGUAAUACAAAUACUAAAUCCACAGCUAAACAUAACCUGUAAUGAAACACACAAGUUAUUGAGCAUCACUACAGUAUGAUAAGUGUUGUGACUACAUGUUUACACACAAAUAUUCACAGCAGCGUUCACAACUGUGUUAGAAUACACUGUCAAGUCCCUUUUUCUCAAUGUUAGUUUCAGAAAAAGAAAAAUCCUUUAACUGCAGUACUGUGCUCAUGAAUAAUAGCUUUUAUAAACCACAAAAACAUGCAGAAAAAAAAUCAAGAGAAUGUAACUCAACCGCUGACUUAAGUUUAGAGAACACAUUUGCAUUGUGAAAUGCCCCCAACCUCAGCUAUAUCAUCAUCAUCAUCAUCAUCGUCGUCAUCACCACCAUCAUCAUCAUGGAGAAUAUGUUGUUAGUGCUUGAAUACAGUGUAGAUUAGUAUGCUUGAAGUCUGUCUUUGUCUCCUGGAUGUCAAAGCAAAGAUAUCCUUUUGUUGUAAACGAAAGCACUAUGCUGUUGGAUAAAGGAAGAGCCUUCUGACAUUAUAUAUAAAUUAUAUAUGUAUAUAUUAAAAAAGGGGUACAAAAACCUUUUUGGGGGCACUCUACCUUACCAACAAUAAAUUUUGCACUAUGGGACGUUCAUGGCGUUAGGAGUUAAAGUGUUGUUUGUGUUUUACCAAGCACAAGAGAGCUUGUACAGAAUAGGAUUUUUAAAAAAAGCUAUUCAAGCUUUGGUGAUAAACCAUAAAGUAGAGAGGUUAUCACUUCUUUUUGAUACCAUCACGCUUUCCUGACUUUUGUCUGAAGCGGGGGCCUGUCCAUACACUCACACACUUCUUCUAUCCAAUCUGGAACCUGGACGAACCGAACCAGCGGCCUUAAAGGCCUCCUCGCCCGCUGUGGGUGAUAAGUCAUGUGUGUAAUAAGUGUCUGGAUCGAUGAACAUAGAAUGCUUUAACUGGAAAUGGCCCGCCCACCAACUUUAAUCUGUUACCAUGUUAGAGAGACAACGUUAUUUUGACUUAAACAACGUGUUGACUGUUUUGCAUAGACAUGUUUUUGCCUUUGUGUGUAUAUUAAGUGAAAGAAGCCCAUACGAGAAUGUGGGAAGAGUAUCCAGGGAUUGUUAGCCAAAGUAGAGGAUGACAUGUUGUGUGCUGUAACUUUUGUGAUCACAGGAAUAUGCUAGAACAUUUCAAAGGGAGAGAAAACGCUGGUUUAGGGGCAGUGGUUGGAAAUAAUUCAACAGGUCAAUUGUCUAUUUAUUAAUAUGAAUUACAAUGCAUUUCAAAGUCUGUCUACCUCACUUUCGCCUUCUAAAAAGAAAACCUUGCUUUUCAAAAUUUGUCAUUGAUUAAUCUGUGCAAACAUUUAACCCAUAAGAUAUCCCCCUUUCCCCCUCCCCAAAAAGUGUAGACGAAAACCACAGGGUCCCCUUGCUCUCAGGUUCAGAUUGAGUUAUUGACAGAGUGACUGAUGGUAGCGGCUCUGGUAAUGUGUGGUCAAAAUAAACAAUAAUAAUAAUAAUGAUAAUAAUUAUAAUAAUAAUAAUGACAAUAAUAAUAGUUGUGCCCACAUCUAUGGCUUAACAAUGGUUAAAGCUGUUGAGAAGUUGCGUUUUGAAUUGUAGUGUUUGUAUACUGGUAUGUGUGAGAGUGUUUUUCAUAUAAAUAUAUGAGAGUAAGAAAUCUCUAUGUAAAUACCUACCCAAAUGUUGACAUUUAUGAUGUUUUGGACAGGUUCACCGCUUCUCAUGUUUUUUCACUUUACCCCCCUUCAUUCCUCCGUUCUUUGUGUACCUAAAAAAUUCACCCCAACUUUGUAGUUUAAUGGUUGUGCAUAUGAAUAACUGUUCAAUUGUUAUUUUUGCCUUUUGUUGUUUAUUUACUGUCAUCUUUCUUUUGUACAAUAAAUCAUUUAUUUAGCUUA